CUUUUCAAAUAGAAUUGGAAACGAGUAUAAAGCUUUCUUGAAAAAUAAUUCAUAUAUUCACCAGUUAUUUUUAGAUUCCAAUUAAUAACAGUUUUGAUCGAUGGAUAAAUCAUGGAUAAACAAACCACGUUUGUCUCAAGAUUACAUAUUGGGGGUGAAAAAUUUCUUGGAUUUUGCAUUUGGUAAAUUAAAGGUAUACGUGCUGAAAUGUCCAUGUAACCGUUGUUGUCUCCUCAAACUUAAGUCAAGAGAAGAUAUCGACGGUGAUUUGAUGUGUUAUGGCUUUUUAAGUUCUUACACAAAUUGGGUACUACAUGGAGAGGAUAUAUGUGUCACGGGUAAUACAAGAGUACCUUAUGAUAUUGCUUCGGUGGAAUUAGAUUCAACUAGGACUCUCUUGGAUGAUCUUUUUCCUGAUAUUAGUACGAACAAUGAUGGUGGAUAUGAAGCUGGAUCAUCUGAGAACCCGAUGGACACUGAUAGACCAUCAACUGCAAGUGGAAGUUGUAAAAAAGGAGAAGGUUUUGAUGAGUUGCUUGCUGAUUAUAAUCAAGAGCUAUAUACAGGAUGCACUAAGUUCACGAAGUUGUCCUUUAUAUUGAAGUUGUACCAUAUCAAAUGUAUGUGUGGGAUUAGCGACAAGGGGAUAUCUAUGGUACUUGAUUUGCUGAAAGAAGCAUUUACACAUGCCAAAUUGCCAGAUUCAUUUAGUGACAUGAAAAAAGUUAUUCGCAAAUUAGGAUUGAGUUAUGAGUCAAUUCAUGCAUGUCCAAAUGAUUGCAUGUUAUUUUGGGAGGCAGAUGCAAAAAGAGAAAUCUGCAAAGUUUGUGAAGCUUCUCGUUGGAAAGAAAAUAUUUCAGUAAAGAGUACAGAAUCUGGAUCAGAGAACAAAAAGAGUAAAACUCCUGUAAAGGUUUUGCGUUAUUUUCCUCUAAAGCCCCGACUGCAACGUUUAUUCAUGUCAUCAAAAACUGCUACCCAUAUGAAAUGGCAUGCAACUUCUAGUAACAAUGAUGGGAAGCUUCGACAUCCAAGAGACGGAAGGGCUUGGAAGGAAUUUGAUAAAAAAUAUCCCGAAUUUGCAUCUGAUCCAAGAAAUGUCAGAUUAGGUUUGGCGACUGACGGUUUUAACCCAUUUGGUACCAUGAGUAGUAGUUAUAGCAUAUGGCCAGUGAUACUAUUUCCUUAUAAUUUUCCACCAUGGAUGGCAAUGAAGCAAACAUCAAUGAUCCUCUCUAUGGUUAUCCCUGGAAAGCAUAUGCCUGGUAAUGAUAUUGAUGUCUACUUGCAGCCGCUUAUUAAAGAGUUGAAGGAAUUGUGGUCUGAUGGGAUUAAAACGCUAGAUGCUUCCACAAAGCAAACAUUUGACAUGCGUGCAGCCAUCAUGUGGACAAUUAGUGAUUUUCCCGGUCUUGGAAAUUUGUCGGGCUGGAAUACGGCUCUAGGACACUUCAAAUCAUAUGUUCGAAAUCGUGCCAAGCCUGAAGGUUCUAUAUGCGAGCAGUAUUUAGCUGAUGAGUGUGUAAUGUUUUGCUCAAUGUAUCUGAAUGAUAUAGAGACACGAUUUAAUCGUUAUGGCCGCGUUGAUGAUCGACCUCUAGCUCAGACCAGUAUAAGACCAAAUUCAGAACUUCCAUUUAUUUUUCCAAACCUUGGAAGAUUUGUUGGAGCGGGUCAGGUUUAUACUCUUAAUCAUGUAGAGAGGCAACAAGCACAUCGACAUAUAUUGGUCAAUUGUCAACUACUUGAUCCCUUACGAGAGAAGUAUAAAAGUGAGCUGUGGAGUAAACCAUCUCAACAGAGCAAGAGGAGUCGUGCUAAUGACAUUGACCGAGAAAUGCAUCUUAAUUUUGCAAAAUGGAUCAAACAGAAAGUAGAGGUAAACGAGUUAGAUGGGAUAACUGAUGAUUUACGAUGCUUAGCGUUGGGUCCAUCUGAAAAAGUUGUGAAGUAUACUGCUUACAAUGUUAAUGGUUUCAAGUUCCGAACAAUAGAAAGAGAUGCUGACCUAAAAACCCAAAAUAGUGGCGUUUAUGUAGCUGCUGAGACUAUGAGUUAUGCUAGUUCUCGAGACCCUAACCCAAUAACAGGAACUGUAGCUUACUAUGGAAAUUUGGUUGAAGUUAUAGAGUUAAACUACUAUGAGGUUUUCAAAGUUGUAUUAUUCAAGUGCAAGUGGGCUGAUACUCGUACGGAACGAGGAUACAAAAUGGAUGCAUAUGAUCAUCAUAUGGUGAAUUUUUCACGUUUGUUACAUACUGGAGAUAAUGCAGAGGAUGAACCAUACAUAUUGGCGUCUCAGGCAAAGAUGGUGUAUUAUGUAGCUGAUCCUUGCAAAGAAGAAUGGAAUUAUGCAGUUCAUAUUCAACCUAGAGACGUAUAUGACAUGGGUGAUCAAAAUGAUUCAGAACAGUUUGAUGAAGCUAAGGCAAAGAUUGAUCAGAUAGGGUCAGACAAGUUUGACUCUUUGGUGCCACCAGUGACCAACGGCAAGACUCCGGAGGAGGAAGCUAGUGCAGAGACGGAGGCUUCUGUGGAAGCACAAGAAGAAGUUGCCGCAGCCACCGAGAUCACUAAUAAAUUGUUGGAUUUAGGGCUUCUAAAUAUUCUCUUGGGAGGAACCGUCACAGAGCUUAAUCCAGUCUCCCAGAGAUCACCAUUCACAUUGAACAGAAGGUUUAUCAACACAAAGAUCAUGGAGUUUACGGAUUCAGAAACACAAGCACCAGAUGAUUUACCACAUUUGGAAACAAAUUACAAUAAUCCUCCCGCACUUGCUCCAGAAUGUAAAAGCUUCAAAUGGAAAAUUGAAGUGAUAGAUGUCGAUGGAAACAUAGAAGGCAAAAUGAUGACAUCUAAAGAUGUCUGGAAAAUGCAAAACCACCAAGUUAUUGUGCAUUUCGAUGAAGAUACCGGUCAGCCAAUUGGUGAUUCUGGAGGUUUACUUGGAUCAUGGUUGGGGCAAUUAAGCAAUGAUGUCCAUUUGCUACCCAUCAACUACACCGAUUGGAGGUUGGUUAGUCCUCACAUAAAAACAAGAGCAUGGGAAGUAAUUCAGUCCAAAUUCAGAUUUGAUGAUCCGAUGAUGAGAAAAGAAUAUGUGAUGGGUGCAUUAGGUAGCAGAUGCAAGGAUGUCAAACAACGUGUUUGGAACGAUUACAAAAAAAGUAAUCUGAACGAAACGUUGCGAAAUCGACCCGACAAAAUUCCUGAAGAUCAAUGGUCUCAUUUGGUUCACAUGAGAUUCACCGAAAAGUGGAAGAAAACCAAGAUUGGAAAAACGCCAUGUCGAGCGGAGUUUUUCAUUGAGACUCGCAAGAAACAGGAUGGAAGCUUUGUAUGUGAUGAGGCAAAAAUACGCGCGGAAGCACUUACGACGUUGUUGAGUCAAAAUCCGCAAGUCACAAACAAUAUUACAGCUAGCUUGGAUGAUGAAUAUAGUCAGGUGUUCGGUCCAGAGCGUCCAGGACGAGUACGUUGUGUAGGUCGUGGGCCCACACCUUCAAGAUUAGUGAAACAUUCAAGUGCACCUAGAAGACAAGAGACAGAAAAUUCUGAAUUGGUCGUCCAGCUGAAGGCACAAGUGAAGGCAUUAGGUGAUCAAGUUAAUGGAAUGUCUAAGUUCUUCCAACAAAUACUUGGUACUUCAACUCGUGAACAGGCAAGUGCAUGGGCUAUAAAUUUUGCAGCGGCUUUUGCGAACAUACCAAAUCCACCAUUUGUAAACAUUCCAAAUCCGCCUAAUCCUCAGGAAAAGGAUAAUGGUGCCAGUGGAUAAACGUUUAAGCGCUUAAGAGUUAUAAAUGCUAGUUAUGAUC